UGAUUUUUUUUAUUUUUUUUUUGUGGUUUUCGUGUGUUGUAACUAAUUAUGCAUGUUCUGGGAAUGGUGAAUUUAGGAUAUUCAUGUGCGGUAACUUGUUGAGUUUUCCUAAAAUUAGUGAGAGCAGAGUCUUCUUUUUCCUAUUACGCUAAUUUUAAGGCUUAGAGCAAUGGGAAAAUCACCUGGAAAAUGGAUAAAGACUCUAAUAUUUGGGAAGAAAUCAUCAAGAACAAAACAGAAAAGAUGGGAAGAUGGAAAAGAAGCGUCAGUCUUACUAGAUCAGGUUCGGAUGACAAACGUUGCCUUAAACGUCUGUGAAAUGGGUGACGAAACAAUAAAAGAACACGUACAACAUGAUCAUUCACAAGAUGAAAUAGGAACACCAGCGCCUGCCAACCAAACCUUAUGCAUAACAAAACCAAUUGAAGUAAACACACAAAAUGAUUCUGAUAGAAUCAAAGAACAAGCUGCCAUAGAUGUGCAGGCUGCUUUGAGAGGCUACUUGGCUCGUCGUGAAUUUUGGACACUCAAAGGCAUUAGGAGAUUACAAGCACUUAUUCGUGGACACUUGGUGAGGCGACAAGCCAUUUCAACUUUACACUGUAUGUUCCAAGUUGUCAAGUUCCAGGCACUUGCUCGUGGUAUAAAGAUUAGGCACUCGAAUCCUAGACUUAAAGAGCAAAAAAGAUUCACUCAAGUAACCAAUCAGGUUGUGUCUAUAGUUGAAAUUAAAACAUCUACGGAAAAGCUAAAGCUAUUAGCCAAUGGUUUUGCUCGUAAGAUUGCAAAUUCAUCUCCUACUGCAGUACCACUGCACUUCCAUUAUAACUCAGAUGAAGCAAACUCAGUUUUGAGCUGGCUGGAGCGAUGGUCAAAGGCCCGUUGUUGGCAACUGCUUCCAAAACCAAAAGCUGCUCAACCUUCAAAAUUCCAGAAGCCACACACCGACCGUAGAUCAUCAUCGGUGAUAAGUGUAGAGAUCAUUGCUUCUGAAUUUGAUAAGCCCAUACGACAUCUGAGAAAGGUUUCCUCAUCAAAUGAACCCGCAAACUUUAUUGAAGAGAAUCCUGAACUUGUGCUUGAGAGGGUCAAACGCAAUUUAAGAAAAGUUGACAACCCUGUCUUACAGAUUACCACAUCUGAUAACACUCAAAAAAUAACACCAAAACCUGAAAAACUCAUCAGCAUCAGUAAAACUGAUGAAAUACUGGAAGAAGUACGUGAGAAUACAAAAGAAGACGAAAAUGUUGAUGAAAAGAAUAAACUAAAAAGAAGAGGUUCGGUUCGAGUGAAUCAGGAGUUAGCCGAGAAUAAUGACCCAUUAAAGAUAAAGAAGUCAGUUCCAAGCUACAUGGCUACAACGGUAUCUGCUAAAGCAAAGCUAAGAAGCCAAGAUGGCCUUGAAACUGAUCCGACUACUUUAAGCCGUCGAUAUUCUCUGCCUUCUUUGGCAAAUCCCAAAGUUUCACUUUCCCCAGGGGCGCAAACAACUGGGAAACUAAAGAACGAUAGAUCUCUCCAGUUGUCAAGAGACGGCAGUGUGAAGGUGAACCCAGUUGAGUGGCGGCUUUGAUGUUGCAGGGUAACUGGCUCAUCAAGGGAUCAAAAGAUUGAACCGAUAAGCCUGAAUCUACCGUAGUUAUAAUUAUAGAUCAUUAACUAGUGUACUAAAUUUAUACGUGUGAGAUGCUGAAAGUUGCUCUAGGCUUUGCUUUGAAUAUUACUCGUAUCUUAUUUGGGAGAUGGAGAGAUGUUUGGUGUGAUUUUGUUUGGGGUUGAAUGGAGUUUUAAAUUAAAGGUUGCUAAUAA